UUGUUACAGGGACAUUGAGGGCAGUAUAAAAAGACGCUGGACAUUGCAAACAUUAAGCUCAAUGCGGUUAUUAUCAUCCUUUAUGUGUACAAUAUCUAUCUUGGUUUUGAGUUUGUUCACAUUCUUCAUCCAUUUUGGUCAGAAAUGUCUUCUUCUUUUGGAUGGAGCUUUUUAAGGAUGUAUUUCUGCCUUUUUUUAUUCGGCUGCUGCUGGCAAACCGUGGCUGUACAGCUCUCAUAUUCGGUUUUAGAGGAAGUAAUCCAAGGAACACCGAUUGGAAAUAUAGCCAAGGAUCUAAACCUCAACACACAGGAGCUGGAAUCUCGCAUGUUUCAGAUUGUUGCAGGAUCAAAGAAAAAAAUAUUUGAGGUAAAUCUUAAGACAGGUGCUCUCUAUGUCAGUGAGAGAAUAGACAGGGAGGACCUUUGCUCAGAAGAGCGCAGAUGCUCACUUAACAUAGAAGCUGUGAUAAAAAAUCCGUUAAAGAUUUAUCAUAUUAAUGUGGAAAUUUUAGAUGUAAAUGACAAUGCUCCGUCCUUUACCAGUACAGUACAGACUUUGUAUAUUGCUGAGAGUACUUUACCUGGAGUGAGAUUCGCUUUAUCUGAAGCAGCUGAUGCGGAUAUAGGGAAAAACGGGGUCAGUACUUACAAAUUAAGUCUGAAUGAACAUUUUUCGUUGGUUGUGCACAAAGCAGGUGACAGUGUGUCUGCAGAGUUGGUGUUGCAGAAGGCAUUAGACCGAGAAAAGAAGCCUGUGAUUACCAUGACGCUGACUGCUUUAGACGGGGGAACUCCUCCUAAAUCAGGCACUUCACAGAUUAUUGUUAAUGUGCUAGACAACAAUGAUAACAUUCCUAUAUUCAGUGAAUCGCUGUAUAAAACAAAAAUUGCAGAAAAUGCACCGUUAGGAACAACAGUGAUCGCUGUGAGCGCCACCGACGCAGACGAGGGCCUGAACGGUGAGAUUAUUUAUUCGCUGAGAAGCAAAGAUCAGGACCGCAUUUUGGAUAUGUUUGUAAUUGAACCACAGACGGGGAUCAUUAAGGUAAAAGGUAAUAUAGAUUUUGAGGAGAGAAAAGCUUUUGAGAUACGCGUAGAGGCCAGUGAUAAAGGACAGCCACCCAUGUCAGCUCAUAGUAAGGUGCUGGUAGAAGUGUUGGAUCUAAAUGAUAACGCUCCUGAAAUCACCGUCACCUCAUUACAUCAAACUGUUAAGGAAGACGCAGCUGUGGGCACUGUGGUUGCACUUGUGUCGGUCCUCGAUAAAGACGGAGGAACAAACGGCGACGUAAAAGUGCGAAUUAAAAAUUAUGUUCCAUUCAAACUGGACACCAACUACAAAAACUAUUACUCUUUGUUAGUAGACGGGCCGCUGGACAGGGAGAACGUCUCUAAUUACAACCUUACUAUAGUUGCAAAUGACGACGGAACCCCGCAACUUUCAAGUAUGAGUAGAGUUUCUAUAAUUGUUUCUGAUGUGAAUGAUAACGCACCGCUUUUCUCAGAUGAUGUAAUAAAUGUUUACGUAAGGGAAAACAGCGCUGUGGGAGCCGUACUUAAAAGAGUGACUGCAACUGAUGCUGACAGUGAGCAGAACAAUAAGGUGAGCUAUUCAUUUUUGCAAAGUAACGGGCAUAUAUUGUCAUUAUCCACUCUGGUAAAUAUUAAUUCAGAGAAUGGAGAAAUAAUCAGCCUGCAGUCUUUUAACUAUGAGGAGUUAAAUACAUUUCAGUUUAAAGUUCAGGCUACAGACUCUGGUGUUCCUCCUCUCAGCAGCAACGUGACUGUUAAUAUUUUAAUUCUGGAUGAAAAUGAUAAUAAUCCAACAAUUUUAGCUCCGUAUUCUGAGCACGGCUCUGCUAACAGUGAGACCAUCCCCUAUUCUGCUGAAGCAGGAUACUUUGUAGCAAAGAUCAGGGCUGUGGACACAGACUCUGGAUACAAUGCGCUGCUUUCUUAUCACCUGUCUGAGCCCAAAGGAAACAACCUGUUCAGGAUCGGAACCAGCACCGGGGAAAUCAGGACUAAGAGGAGAAUGAUCGACAAUGACCUGAAAACUCACCCCUUGGUGGUGCUGGUUUCUGAUAAUGGAGAACCUUCUCUGUCAGCUACUGUGUCUAUUGAUGUGAUGGUGGUUGAAAGCACAGCUGAUGUUCAGACUCAGUUCAGACAUGUGCCUAUAAAGGAGGACAACUUCUCUGAUUUGAACCUAUAUCUGCUGAUCGCCAUCGUGUCAGUCUCUGUGAUCUUUCUGCUGAGUCUCAUCAGUUUAAUAGCUGUCAGAUGCCACAGGACAGACGGUGAUUUCAGCAGGUACAGCGCCCCCAUGAUCACCACCCACCCUGACGGGAGCUGGUCUUACUCUAAAGCUACUCAGCAGUAUGACGUGUGUUUCAGCUCAGACACACUGAAGAGUGAUGUAGUGGUUUUCCCCGCACCGUUUCCACCUGUAGAUGGUGAACUGAUCAGUAUAAAUGGAGGAGACACUUUUACCAGAACUCAGACUUUACCCACAAAAGAAAAGGUAAGAUUGUUAUUUCACCUAAAGUCUUUGCAAAUACCGACAUGA